AUGUUCAUCUGCAACAACUUCAUCAAGAAAAUUCAACCAGUAAUGGAAGUGAAGAAAACCAAGUGGUUCGAUUUCUCCCCUAAAACCUGUGUCGGUUGGAAACUACUACUCCUCCACCACGCUAUGAUGAAUGAAAUCUCUUCGUCAAUCAGAGCUACCAGUUCGACCACCCCUAAUCGACCACCCCUAGUUGUCAGAUCUUCUAAUCACUCUUCUACCAAGGUUCAUCUGUAUCUUGUUGGACGUAAGCUAUGGAAGGAAGUAGAGAAAUCACCAUCAGGGGAAGAUACUUAUAGAACUGUAAGUGUGAGUGUGGAAGGGCAAAGUUCCUUAGAUCCUGUAGGCCUGAUCACCAACCUCCAUUACUUUUACCAAUUACUAGUGAAUUGGGUGGUGGAAGUGAGGACAAGAUAA